GCUGUCACCGGGGCUUCUCUGGGGAGAAUCACAAUCUCUGGGACAUUGAGUGGAGACAACAGGCCCUAGAAAGGCUCAGCACCCCACGCCAGCUGCCUCUAGGAGAGCAAACCUUUGGUGGGGAGACAGCUUUUCUGGGAAGAAAAGAAGGGGCUCACCAGGGAGAGGGUCACAGGCACUCCCCUCCCCUUCAAGGGUUCCCUCAGGUUCAGGGGUGCUGUGGCCCAGACCUUCCUCUACCAGGACCUUGCUGCAGACCUGGGGACGGGACACUGCUCACCACCUUGGUCUGGAUGUCUCCAGUGUACUUCGUUGGUGUAUCAGCUCCCUCUCCCAGCACCCAGCUCAGUUAUCAGUGAUGCUGGAGGGCAGCUGCCGGGCGGGUGGACUAGCCACAGGCCUUCAGCCCAUCACGGACCUUCUGCUGGACCGGCAACAACUGUGGGCCAGGAGCUAUGCGGAUGUGUGCCCCACGGGGGGAUCCCUGCUACCUUCAUCAUCACCCCCUCCUGAGCAGCCAGGUUUGCUUUAAAGACCCUGGCUUCCUUUUAUUGCUUCCCCUCUCAGAUUGCAGCCAGCUGCGAGGACUAUUUUUAGCAGCCUGCCUUCUAAAAAUAGCCCCGAGCUGUUUGGAGUUGCGUCACGAGAGGUAACUCUCCACGAGCGGCUUGGCCCCUGCGCCCCGGGAGGGUACAAAAGGAGGCCGGGAGCAGCGGGGUCAGCAGGUUCGGACGCAGCCAGAGGCGAAGGCGGCAGCCGUGCGCUGCCAGCUUCAGGCAUCCUAGUGCCGGCACCAUGACCAUCUUCUGCAGCCACUGCCACAGGCCCCUGCAGGCAGAGAUGAGCUGCCUGCCCAGGAGGGGAAAGCAGGCGCCCAGUGCCUCGAAGCCGUUCAGGUCAACCAAGAGUGCCUCCAAGGCUCGCAGGGACCAGAUCAACGUGGAGCUGCAGGCGCUGCGCUCCCUGCUGCCCAUCUCGGCGCAGGAGAAGGAGCGGCUCUCCUACCUCCACACCAUGGCCCUGGUGUGCCUCCGGCUGCGGGGGGCUCAGCUGUUCCCUCCAGACUCAGCUCCUCCUGCGGGACCAGCCCUCGGCACAGAGCUGCUCUCCCUGCUGCCAGGAUUUCUGCUCGUGCUCUCGGCCAACGGCAAGCUGGUCUACGUCUCUGAGAACGUGGCUCAGGUCCUGGGCCUCUCCAUGGUGGAGCUGCUCGCCCAGGGGGACACGAUCUUCGACAUCCUAGAUGGGCGAGCGCACGAGGAUGCACGCAAGAAGCUCCUCCUCGCCCAGGAGGAGCCUGGCAGGGAAGUCACGUUUGUCAGCGAGAUGCGCACAUCCAAGGCCUUCCGGCUGCAGCACGGGGGGAAUCGGGCUGUGGCAGUGCGCGGGCGCUUCACAGCCCUGCGCCGGCUGGCCUCCCCCUCCACCGCAGCCUUCCUGGCCCUCUGCACGCCGGUUGCGCAGUUGCCUGCAGACAGCGAUGCCAGUUCCCAGGAUGACCUAAUCCAGAGCACGCACAUCCUAGACAUGACGUUUACUGAUGUCACGGAGAGUGUCACCUACCACCUUGGCUACUGCAGGGAGGAAUUGAUCGGUCAGUCGUGGUACAGCCUCCUGCACCCCGAGGACACUGACCUAGCGGCUGCCCAGCACAGGGCCGUGGGUGAGUGUCAGGCCUGGGAACCAGCAGACUGA